UGACAGAAUCGGGCCUUUCUAUGGUUGAUUGGCACCUGGUGAAGGGGAUGAAACCCCCACGAACACAGCAGGAGUGGGAAGCUGAGUUCCAGAAGUAUCAGCAGUUCCCAGAGUUUAAAAUCCUGAACCACGACAUGACACUGGCAGAGUUCAAGUUCAUUUGGUACAUGGAGUACUCACACCGCAUGUGGGGCCGCAUGGUGGGCCUCGCCUACAUCCUGCCUGCUGCCUACUUCUGGCAAAGGGGCUGGCUCAGCCGCCCCAUGAAGGGCCGUGUUCUGGCGCUCUGUGGGCUGGUCUGCUUCCAGGGGCUGCUGGGAUGGUACAUGGUGAAGAGUGGGCUGGAAGAGAAGCCAGACUCCUAUGACAUUCCCCGGGUCAGUCAGUAUCGUCUCGCAGCACAUCUGGGCUCUGCGCUGGUUCUGUACUCUGCUAGCCUGUGGACAGGGCUGUCUUUGCUGCUUCCGCGACACAAGUUGCCUGAAACACAUCAGCUCCUUCGCUUGAGACAAUAUGCUCACGGCACUACAGCUCUCAUUUUUCUUACUGCUCUCUCAGGUGCCUUUGUGGCAGGGCUGGAUGCUGGCCUUGUGUACAAUUCCUUCCCCAAAAUGGGUGAGCACUGGAUCCCAGAUGAUCUCCUUGCCUUCUCCCCCAUCCUGAGAAAUAUCUUUGAGAAUCCUACAACGGUACAGUUUGAUCACAGGAUCUUGGGAAUUGCCUCUGUCACGGCUAUCACAGCACUGUACCUCUUCUCACGGAAGAUCCCACUCCCUCGUAGGGCCAAGUUGGCUGUGACUUCCUUAUUGGCUGUAGCUUGUGUGCAGGUGGGGCUGGGCAUCAGCACCCUGCUGCUGUAUGUCCCCACGCCCCUGGCCGCCACGCACCAGUCAGGCUCCCUGGCGCUGCUCAGCAUGGCACUGUGGCUCAUGAGCGAGCUCCGAAGAGUCCCCAAGUAACCCACUGGCGGGAGCCCUCCCGGGGGAACUGCACCGCGGGCCCAGAGGCGGCCGAGACUCCAGGGGCUGUGCCCCGGCCGAGCUGGCGCGGGGAGACGGCGGCGGGUGUAAGUGCGAGCUGUGUAACUAACAUAAAGGCGUUUUGCGGA